GGAAGCGACGUUCAAACACAGCAACAAUUCAUGAGAGGCUGAACCGACGCAGCGAAAGGAGGAAGUCACCUUAGGAAGUUCAGCAAAGCACACCUGACUGUCACAGAGGAGACCGCCGCACCCGUGCUGGAGGGAAUAUGGCCAUAACUGCGGCUAACAGCACCUUACCGCACCUGAGCCCGAAUGGACUGCAAUGCGAAGACAUCAAGAGUAAUGGCUGUCACAACAGGAGAGAGGUUUGUUUGCCUUUCGGCUGAGUGUGUGGGACGCCAACACCAAGUGACAUAUUGUAGCCUUCGCCUAAUUUACUGAUGUCUUUUCAAAUAACUCACCUGAAAAAUGUCCCUGGGACUGGUAUCGCCUCCAGGCAGCACAAGCAGGAGUCCUUUGAACAGGCCCCGAUGUACGUGGCUGUCAUGACAUACCUGGGCUUUGGUAUUGUCACGCUGUUUGGCUACUUCAGAGAUUUCCUCAGAGCUGUGGGCUUAGAGAAGUGCAACCUUGCCCAGGAAAGAGUGGAACAGAAGGAUUUUGUACCUCUUUAUCAAGAUUUUGAGAACUUUUACAAUCGAAACCUGUACAUGAGGGUACGAGACAACUGGAACCGUCCCGUAUGCAGCCUGCCGGGACCCGUCUUCGACUUGAUGGAGAGGGUGUCUGAUGACUACAACUGGACAUUCAGGUUAACCGGGAGGACAUUACACAAUGCCAUCAACAUGGGCUCCUACAACUACCUUGGUUUCGCUGAGAACAACGCUGAUUUCCUGAAAACGGUGGCAGACAAAACACAACAGUACGGGGUCGGGGUUUGCAGCACCAGGCAGGAAAUGGGUACCCUGAGCAUCCACGAAGAGCUGGAGCAACUUGUAGCCAGUUUCCUCAGAGUAGAGUCCUCCAUGACUUUUGGGAUGGGUUUCGCCACCAACUCAAUGAAUAUUCCAGCAAUUGUUGGCAAGGGCGGUUUGAUACUGAGCGAUGAGCUCAAUCACACGUCUCUCAUCUUGGGGGCCAGACUGUCAGGAGCAACGAUCCGUGUGUUCAAACACAACAACAUGCAUAGUCUGGAGAAGAUGCUACGAGAGGCAGUUUGCUCAGGGCAGCCACGGACCCACAGGCCCUGGAAGAAGAUCCUCAUCAUGGUGGAAGGCAUCUAUAGCAUGGAGGGCUCUGUGGUGCGACUUUCUGAGAUCAUCGCUCUGAAGAAGAAGUAUAAAGCAUAUCUGUACCUAGACGAGGCCCACAGUAUCGGAGCAGUGGGACCAUCAGGGAGGGGAGUGGCCGAGCUGUUCAACGUCAACCCGGCUGAUGUGGACGUGAUGAUGGGCACCUUCACCAAGAGCUUUGGGGCUGCUGGAGGCUAUAUCGCAGGGAAAAAGGAGCUGGUGGACUACCUGCGCAGUCAUUCUCACAGUGCAGUAUACGCCUCGGCCAUGUCCCCUCCUGUCACUGAGCAGAUCCUACGUGCCAUGAAGUGCAUCAUGGGAAAAGACGGGAGCACAGAAGGCAUUAGACGGAUCCGCCAACUGGCAGAGAACACCAGAUAUUUCAGGGCCAGGCUGAAGGAGAUGGGCUUCAUCAUCUACGGCAACGAUGACUCACCUGUGGUUCCAAUCCUGCUCUACAUGCCAGGCAAAGUGGUGGCUUUCGCUCGAGAAAUGCUGGAGAGGAAAAUUGGCGUAGUGGUAGUCGGCUUUCCAGCCACGCCGAUAACAGAGGCCCGAGCUCGCUUCUGUCUGUCUGCAUCGCACACGAGAGCCAUGCUGAACCAGGUGCUGCGCCAUAUGAACGAGGUGGGAGACAACCUCUGUCUGAAGUUCUCUCGACUGAAAUAUUCCUCCUGUCCGAACCUCUGUGAUGAGACAGACUUUGAGCUGAUAUGACCCUUCACACCUUCAUUUAACAGUGUCAAAGCGAAGUCUAAGUGUCCAGGCCACAGCAGACGCGUAAACACACAACGCAGAGUAACACCCGCGUCUCACAGCAGAAGAGGAGCCAAAUGUUUAACAGCUGCUUUUUAUACGUUUGUAAAACAUUGCAAUUUGACAGAACACGUAUUUGUGCUUCUGGGAGUCUCUCUAUGAACUAUUUAAAUGCUCACAUUCUGAAUACAUUGUAAUGUAAAUGCAUACAUGAAAUUAUUGCACAAGCAUUGCUGGAUUGGUCUCAAACUCCAGUAAGGUGUACAAUAUCUGUUUAUAUUGAGACAAAUCACUUUGUUAGUUCAGUUUAGAGACUUUUUUUAUUAACUUGUGUCUAUAUUUAGACAUUCAACAUUUUUUAUGGAAGCAUUUUUUGCUUCUCAUAAUGUAACAUCGGCUUCCAUUCAUUAUAAAUGCGGGUGGUGGUUAUUAUUAGAGAAUAGUACACAGUAUCUAUGAAUUUGAUGGAAGGAGUCAUAUAUAUAUAUGAGUUGGGAAGGAAAUACAUAUAUUUCCCAAAUAUGAAGGAGUAGUUAUGAGUUUUACCCCCAUGGUUUAAUACUGCUUUGCAAAAAUCUUGAGUCUGCUGAUUUUUUCUCUUUUUUUUGUUGUUGUCCCUACUAAAACAACAAUACUGCACAUGAAAAAGUCCUGAAUGUGUUUUGAAACAGAAAGCGAGAUGAAUUACGGCUCUUCCCUUUGGAUCGGUCUUUUCCUGACGCGUGAUUAUUUACACAUCUCAAGGCUCAACUGUUUAAGCCGAAGAUGCCGUUGCAACUGUUUUUAUAAAACCUUCCUCGGCGUAAGACCACUUUCAUCUCCAUGGUAAAUGAUAACCUCUCUGUAAAUAAAAGAUCACGCAGCAAUUACUCAACGACUGCGUUAAAUCUCCACAACCCCCGCUCAGACUAAAAAAGGUGUUAUGGCUUGUUUUGUGGCGAGACUGCUCAUAUUCACCGAGUCUUAACAGCUUAAUUGAUGAAGUUUUAAAGACCUGCUGUUCCCUUUCGCACAGUUGUGAAGGUAAGCAUGCAGAGUAUGCAGCACCUGAGCCAACAGAAACCUAAACUAGCAAUUAACGCCAAACUCUAAAUUCUCGUGGUAUGGGGUAAUCAUUUGAUUAACAUAGGAAGGAUUAUAGAUGAAUGAUAAAUGUGUUUUCACAACGUGUCGGACUGGGUCUAGUCGACACUUGUUUUCCCUCGGGACGUUACAGUGUUUGUGUUUUUUUUUCCUCCCUAUAAACAACGUAGUGAUGAGAUUUUGCAAGUUGGAUUGCAAUAUGCAGUCCAUGGGGGAAAGCAAUGCUAGAUGAACUGCAAACAAAGACCUAGUAGGGAGAAAACAAGUUUGAAAAGUGAAUUAAAAAAUCAAACCUUUUUCCUUAAAGGAGAAACCCAUUGAAAACUAUGGUAGAUCAUUUUUUUCUGUAAGUGAAUAUCCACAUCUGGCUUCUAUAGUUAGAAACAACAGAAAACAGUUUUGCUAAUAUCUGUGAUGUCAUAAUGUACCACUGCUUCCAUAAAGAUCUUGAAGAGAUGUGAAAAGGUGGCCUCACAAUGCUGCAUUGAUGUUCACGGGAUGUCUGUUAGUAAUCUGUGUUUACGUGCACCUUUAGUCUUCAUGUGAACAUUCUGAAUUGUAUUGUGGGUUUACAGCAAAGGACAGAUGUAAAAGCUUGAAUUCCUUCUCAGACAAUCCUCAAACACUAAGCUCCACUAUGAAUAUGCAGAAUGACCAACUCUAAUUUGCUGAGAUUUA